AUGCUAUCGGAUGACGGACUCACUGUCACUGUCUUUACUAUAUCUUUAAAACCUGACUCACAAUUGGGUAGAUAUUAUCACAUUUCUUACUUUAGAUUAUAUCACAACUUUAUAGAUAAAUUCAUAACAAUAGGAAAGUAUGACGUGACUAAAUUAUUAUUUUUUGACAAAUCGACACAAAUUUUAUAUUUUCAAGCAAUAAAUAAAUCAAUAAAAGCCGAAAACCCUAAUAUAGAGCUCCGGGAGCAACAUAUUUAUAGAGUUAAUGUCAGUGACAGAGAUGUCCAAUGCAUGACAUGUCGGCUAACGUUCACUGAUUGUCAUUAUUUUGAGGCCUUCUUCAGUCUUAACGCUCACUAUUAUGUGAUUCAAUGUUUGGGACCAAACGUACCAAAAGUAUAUUUACUUAAAUUAGAUCAACAAAACAAUUCUUUUGAAUGGGAAGGCAAUGAAGGCCUACAAAACAAAUUGACUCAUAAAUUGGAUAUAAAACAUCAUAUAUAUGUUGUCAACACAUCCAAUAAUAAAAAAAUAUAUAUCAAGUUAUUAGUUCCGCCAGAAUUUGAUGACGAAGUGGUCGAUAAAUAUCCGCUUAUUAUUGAAGCUAAUGACGAUGAGACACAAGUUUUGAGUGGCAAACAUACCAUAGAUUGGGCCCAUUAUUUGGUGACUAAACAUCACUAUAUUUACGGUUGGAUUGAAAGCAAUAAUGACAACUUCAGACACAAGAAGAUUAACAACAAUUAUGAAUCGUUUAAUGAAAAUACAGACAAAUACAGGAUUGCAAUAAAACAUAUCAAAGAUGACAAACGUUUCAUAAACCCACACAAGAUGUGCAUUUGGGGCAAAUCUAUUGAUGCUUUUGUGGCCAUUUCUAGUCUGGCCUCCAGUGAUAUACUUAAUUGUGCAGUUUUAGUCUCACCCGUACUUAAUUGGAAACUUAUGGAUGUAGUCACUUAUGAGUAUUUGUUCAACAUUUGGCAAUCAUAUGAGGCAAUUAAUUUUGAUAAUAAACUUAAUUUAAUCAAUAAAAUUGAGAAACUCAUUACAAAACACAUAUUAAUAAUUCAUGGUUCGGCUGAUGAAAAAGCUUCAAUUCAACACUCAAUGCAAUUCAUUAAACAACUAAUUAGUAAAUACACAGACAAUGACUCCUUUGGAUUUGAACCACUUUUGCAGUUUCAGAUAUAUCCUGACGAAGAUAACUCAUUAUCGACAAUAAGACAUCAUUUUUAUCAAAGAAUUCAUUUAUUCUUUGAGUACAUAUUCAGUCAGAGUCAUAGACAUCAUAUGAUUUCAUCUAAUGAAUGA